AUGAAAACAGAGGGGGGAGAGGGGGAACAGAGGAAGCAGUGUAACUCAGGUACAGUAAGAGGAAAGCUGAAAGUAAGAGCUGAAAUCACACAGGGGAAGAGAGGAAGAGUGAGAUAUAGGGAUCUGUAGUAGAUAGUAGCCCAGGCAUGCAGUGUGGUGCUGAGGAGGGGAUUGGGAGUUGAGGAGGGCCCCAGUAGACCCCUGAGGCUCUGUGCUCCUCCCCUCUCCUCAGCGAGGGGCUCAGGGAGCACUCAGCCCAGCAUCUUCCCUCCCACUGGCAAUUUGUUUUCCUAACCCACCAGAGCCUGGUGCUACCACUACCACUACCGCUGCUGCUACUGCUGCUGCCCCUAUGUCGGCUUCUCUCUCUCUCUCUCUCUCUCUCUCUCUCUCUCUCUCUCUCUCUCUCUCUCUCUCUCUCUCUCUCUCUCUCUCUCUCUCUCUCUCUCUCUCUCUCUCUCUCAGGCAGGGCCCUCUGGGGAGCCCAAUUAGGGCCGUCUCCCCCACACGAAGAUCUACCCAGGACUCCCCGCUUCUCCUCCUCGUCUUUUUUUAAUCAAAUAAGACUCCUCUGGAGGCUAGACCUUGUUUUAAGGAGACGGCAUGCUGAAUUAAAUUUUAAUUAAGGAAAUGCUAGCCUUUUAGAAGACAUCGGAAAUGAAUGGAAUUGGGAGGGCGAGUUGAAAGCCACCCAGCGAGCAUUGUUGGAUGCUUGUCUGUGGGAGUGUUUGUGUGUAUGUGGGGGAUGAAAUGUAAAUCAUAUUAUAGUGCCAUUAUUGGUACAAGUAGAGGUUCAUCAUUGGAAUAAUUUGAUAGAUUAUUAAUGUCAUAUCAUAUUGCAUUACUAUAUAUCAAACAGAAAUAAAAACAAAUCUUCUGUGGGGUAAAUAUACAUUAUUUUUCACGUACUUACUAAAUAUGUCAACAAACUGAAUGGACUAAUAUCGAAGAUGGAGGUUCAUCCACUCUCUCUACCUGGUAUUGUUUAGUUUCACUGUAAAUUGAAACGGUAUCAAGUAUAACCAGUGCCUUUCUGUGGGAAUACGUCGCCAUCUACUGACAAUCAUAUGAAAUGACAAUUUAGCUGAGGUACAUAAUAUCCUUCUGUAGGAGAUAGCUAAACCACUUAGUAUAUGUAUUAAUUCAUGAAUAUAUUUUCACCCUCCAAAAAAGCUUUGUUAAUGCUCAGUACUGUACCUUGACAUUAUCUUGGAUUAUCUUUGCAGAAUCUAGGAUUUACCUUCUGUAAUAGUUCAAGCUUGCCCUUGUAGGCUGAGGUUUUGCCAUAGGCGUACAAUUUUCAAAUCUUCUCGGAUCUCCACAAUUGUUUAGGGGGCAGGGGUCAAUUUAGGAUAGGGUGUCUGUAUGAGCUUGUUGUCAAUUUCACAGUUAUCUACCGCAAUGUAAUCACCAGGGGGCGCUGAAGGCCUGAGUUAUAGAGUGGCCUAUAAUAAAUUGUGCUGGCCAAAGGCCUAUGACAACAGUGAGCUUCAGGUGGAUCAGAUGGAUCCUUUCCCCCUGUCAGGGAAUAAGUCAACACAGACAAAACAUUCACUGGGAAGGGUCUAAUAAUAGGGACUACACUCAGAGAUGAGCAUACUCUCACAGGGCAAAAUUCUAAUAUGAGAGACACAUAUGCAAAACUUGGAUUUUUGUGCAAAUGUAAGACCUUGUCCCUAUCCCUAAGCCUUAUUUCUCCUCUCCGUGUGGACAGUGGAUCUGAAAGGACUGCCAUUUGGCCAUUCGGCAAACACUCCCCUGAGUCAGAUAUGUCUGGAGUACGUAUUGUGGAUGUAACCCUACAUGCAGUAGGGGGAGAAUUAUAGAAGUGAUUGACAUGCCUGGUAGCCUAUGAUGUGAAUACAGUGAUUGACAGGGCUGGGUGGAAAUGGAAGAGGGCCUUGAGGGUGCAAGAACAAUGCCUGGAAGGAGUCCAAGCUGUCUGUGUUAGUGGAGGAACGCAAUGCCCAUGGCAUUGUUGCCCCUGGAGACCUUGACUCCUCGCUGCUCCCUCUGCUUGGAGAAGCACCCAACAUGGACACAACCCUCCAUUGGCCCUCCAUGAAUAUCCUCAUCCUGGUCCACACAAUGGCAUGCCAGGGGCCACAGCAAUAGGACAUUCUCCACGGUCUCCAAAGUCUCCCCAAACCCAUUCGUUAUACGAGCAAAUGUUAUUUUACUGUACACACACACACACACACCUAUCACUCAGCUAAAACAGGCCUCUCUACAAGGUUGGUCAGCUGUGGAGAUGAGUUACUGCUGUCUGACACAACAAUGGUCACCUGUUUUCCACACAAACAUAUAAAGUGCCGCCAGCACAACAGCAAUCCAUUUCUGUACAACUGAGGUCAAUAGGAGCUAUUUUCUCGCUUGACCGUUCAAUUUGAAGGGCUUAUGUUUCUAUCAAGAAUCUGGUGUUUAGCUUAUACAACCCAGACACAUCUGUGCUGCCAAUAGUGACUUACUUUAGUCCCAAAAUAUUAUUUCAGAAACAAAUUUUGAGCUGUGAGCACAACUGAUUUGGUUGACAAAAGUGAUAUAUCUUGAGAGUGCAGCUGACUUGAGCUGUGUCAAUGUUAUUUCCUGUAGUCAUCGCUGUAGUGGUUGCUCAAUGAAUUGUUCAACUCCCUAAAUAAAUAUCUUAGGGGUUGAUUAUAACGUUUAAUUGUGAGACAAUGCAACAGUUUAGUGUUCAACAAUGCCUGCAAUGACCUCAGUGCCCUUAUCCAAUCCAGUCAUGGUGUCCAACCCUCCUAUUAGUGAAAAGCCCCACCACAGCUGUUCAAAGUCUCUCCUUCCACACAAACUAGACAAGGGCAUCAAUUCAUUACCGUGGUAAUCUAGCGGAUUGAGACGCGGCGUUGCACGCGUCCUAACUAAACUCUUCGAAAAAAAGGUGCUAUCUAGGAGAACCCUUUCAAGAACCCUUUUUGGUUCCAAGUAAGAACCCUUUUGGGUUCCAUGUAGAAGCCUUUCCUCAGAGGGUUCUACAUGGAACCCAAAAUAGUUCUACCUGUAACCACAAAGGGUUCUCCUAUGGGGACAGCCGAAUAACCCUUUUGGAACCAUUUUUUCUAAGAGUGUACAGGACCUGUGAAGUCUGAGGCAUUGUCACAUACUCACAACUACUCAUACCCCACCUCCUUGAGGAUACGUGCCGGAUUUGAACUUCUGACCGUGGCCCCUGCUUCUAAGAUAGGGUGUCACAUAAACAGUUCAGAGCCACAGCACCCCUACACGGGUCAAUUACAACGGGUGGCUGUGGGCGGUGGGUGUUAGUCCUCUAUAUGGCUGGCAUGCCUAGGGUAAUGUCCCCCCAUUGUCUAAACAUAGCGCAGGUGGGCAGAGGAGCCAAGUGUUUCGCUAUAUAAGUAACCAGGGUCACUUUUUAGUGUUCUCUCAAGAGUAAGGGAACAACUGAGAAACUCCUAACACAAUGGUAAGAAUGACACGUCCUUCACUCUCUCCUCUCUACUUGUCUUCAUCUUCACCUUGGGGUUAAAUAAGUGUCUCACUUCUAUGGUGUCUAGGAUGCUGAGAGUUCUUGGAGUAGCUAAGCUUACUUCAGAAGUAGACAGCUGUUAAUGUUUUAAAUGCAUUUAUUCAAACUCUAUUUAGUGAGGUAGUUAAGAAGAGAACAGUCUUGUAUAAUUGAUAACAGCUGUGGUAAAUUGACAGAGUGCAUGUCUUGACAAUUGUAAUUAAAAUCCAAAACUGUAGUGAUGGGGGAGCUUGAUUGCAUACCAAACAUGUUUGAAUGCUAAGAAAAUUAUUUUCUUGGAAGUUUACUAAGCACUAUGAUUACUAGGCCUAGGCCUUUUUAAAGUGUUAAUCACUUUUUUCGGUGCAGACUCCAUUGAUUGCAACACCUGACCUCUACUACAGUGUUGUAAAUGUUUGUGACUGUGGCUCUUCAUUAUUAAAAGCUCUGCAUAUUCUAAAAGUUAUACGUUUAAUUAGAGAUAUUAAUAGCCAUGUAGUUUUGUGACUGCAUGCUGUGCUCUGUAGUUCAAUGUUAGAUGUUCAUAGUUUUGGUUGUGUAUUUGAAAUGAAAAAAAAUUCAGUAAAUUAUGACUUAUCAUUACUCACUAUUAUUACUUAUCAUGAAAUAUAACAGUAAUUAUAUUAUUACUGUUAUAUUACUGUUAUAUUACAUGAUACUGUCAAUACUUCAAAAUGUCAGUGUAUGCAAUCUGUAUCAAAAUGUAUGCAAGCUGUUGUUAUUCAUCAUAACCUCAAAGUAAUGGUAAUUUUCCUGUGUACAGAUGUAGGAUCUUAUUUUGAUCAGCCUGUUGCAGGAUAACUUUACAUUGCAGUACAUUUAGUGUAUUUGAGGUUUGAAAAGGCUCCUGAUGUUCGGAAUUUCCACUUUGAAAUGUUUGACUUGAUUUCCCUUUACGAAAAAUGUAUAAACCCCAACAAAAAUGUCCAUUAAUUAUAAUCCACAUACUGUAAUAAUUCACAAUUCCUGUUGCUGCAAAAUUUAUUUUCCUGCUGUAGCAUACUGGCUCAAAUUAAAAUCCUACAUCUGUAUCUCAGGCACCCAAAAAGGCAAAGAAGAAGGCAGCAGAGGCCAGCUCCAAUGUGUUCUCCAUGUUUGAGCAAGCCCAGAUCCAGGAGUUCAAGGAGGCUUUCACCAUCAUGGACCAGAACAGAGACGGUUUCAUUGACAAGAGUGACCUGAGGGACACCUUCUGUGCUCUGGGUGAGCUAAGGCAAAUGCUAGUAACUCCUCUGGAGAAUGACCCUUUGCAGUAUUAAAGGGGUGGCGCGGUUAUCUUCCUUGGAGAAGUAGUUACAUAAGGGAUAAUCAACAAGGGCUAUGCGUUCUAUGGAGAAUAAUGAACACCUUCCACGACACGCUAGCGGAGUUGCAUUAUUUUCCAGAGAACGCAUAGAGCCCCGAGUUGAUCAUCCCAUUUAUACUAUGGCUAUAAUUUAACACAUUUGGCUCUAGAAAUGUGUUAAUUUGCUGGAUGAAAUGUGUUCGACACCCACUGAAGUAGCUAGCAAAUUUACUAGACAGCUACAGUAGUUGCCUUGGUAACCAAACAUACUUGCUAAUUUAGCUAACCAAACCAUCAGUCCUAGCUUGCUUUUAUUAAAAUCGAAUUCAACAAUGUAAAUUAUGUUUCAAUUCUACUUUUGCUUUCAAAAGGAGCUCAAACAGAACAUGUAAGAAUGAACUAUAGCUAUUUAAUUCUAGACUGCUGAUAGCUACCAUGCAUUAUUGAAGCAAUAAGGGCCAAGGAGGUGCACUAAGGGGUGUUCUUUUGCACGAGGCAACGUGCAGUCUGGUAUAUUGGCCAUAUUAAGUACCACAAACCCCCGCGUUGCAUCGUGCCUAAGAACAGCCCUUAGCUGUGGUAUAUUGGCCAUAUACCACACCUCCUCUGGCCUUGUUGCUUAAUCUUGAAUGCUGAUUGAUUAAAACCGCAUUCCAGCUGGUGUCUAUUCCACAAGUUACCACUGGCUAAAUCUAUGACAUUAAAAUGCCUAUUUACUCUGUUCAAUCUGACUGCGCAAUCCACUGUCUCAUCAGCCCAGCCAAGCAAUUUACAAACUUGAUCUCCACUAUAAAAAGCAUCCAGACAUUAUCUCACAUUUCUUUUAGACUAACAUUUAGUUUUCAACAGCGGAGAUUUGUAUAAACCUUGCUGUCUGUCACUCCAACGUUUGCAACAUUGUUUCAAUAUUCAAAUUCGAUCUCCAACUGUCCCAUAGUAAUGACCGUGUCGGGAGUCGGGACGAGACAGACAGGCAGCGUUUCUUAGCCAGUCGAAAUCAUGAAUCGGCGGUCAUCCUUUUUAUGGAUAUAUACAAAGAAACGUCAAUUGAAAAAAGGUAAAACGAAACAAAGUGCAGCUAGUUUGCAGCUUCAGUUUGAAGUGAUUGUGUUAGCUGUGUUGUUGGCUAGCUCCUCUGAACAACAGUGUCCUGACGAGUGAGAAAAUGUUCUAUGCCAGGUGAAAUCGCACCUCAUUAGCUCAUUGUUAUGGAUGUAUCCAAAUAAAUGUCACUAAAAAACAGCUUAAACAAAUGCAACUACUUUGCUGUUAUUCUGGCUGCACUUUUUGACGUGACUGUAAGUUCGCCGUAGUUGGCUAGCUAGCAAGUAAGGGAUAAGAACGUUGCCAGCCAGUAUGGCAAUGGAACAUUUAGAAUGAAUGACUGGGUCGCGUCUCUGGCAACCGAACCGAUAGAACGAACAACCAGCCGGCUAGGGUAGCAACCCUAGAUUUGUGUCAGGACUAUAUCUUGUGGAAGGAUGAAAUAGUAUGAAUACAUUCAUCUAAAUAACGUUUUUAAUGAAUAUGUUGUUGACCCGUUGUAUAAAAGUGAUAAUGCCCUCGAAGCCGGUGUUUGGAGGAUAUAUUGGUAUGGUUUGCUAACAACACCCGUGCCAAUUUAUCCUCCAAAAACCGGCUUUGUGGGCAGUAUCACUUAAUUAUAAACUGGUUAUCAGCAUAAUUAUACCAGUAAAUACAUUUUUUUGUCAUACCCAUGGUAUAUGGUCUGAUAUACCACAUCUUUCAGCCAAUCAGCAUUCAGGGCUCAAACCACCCAGUUUUUAUAAAGGGAAAUAAUGCACUCUAGAAUGCCCUUUAAACCAAUCAGAAAAAAUUCAACAAUGACAUGGUAUAAAGUAGUUUAACACACCCUCUCUCCUCCAGCUAUCUCCAAUGAGACUGUAAUGAUUGCUUCACAAAACACAAAAAUUGAUUUAGAGAAUGACUGAUCCAAACAACCAUCUCUGACCAUAAGACCUGUGCUGCUGUACUUUCCCACUUUCCCCACCUGGUCAUGUGAGUGAUCCCACUGAACUCUGACCUGUAUCUCUUCCUGUCCUGUGUGUCUCUGCAGGCCGUCUCAAUGUGGGUAAUGAUGAGCUGGACGAGAUGCUGAAGAUGGCCCCUGGACCCAUCAACUUCACCAUCUUCCUCUCCAUGUUCGGCGAGAAGUUGAAAGGUCAGGUGACACCCUUGUAUGGCCGACUAGGGCUUGCACAUGUCAUAGAUGGUGCAUGACAUGUAAACGGAAGCAUUAUGGCUAGUUAUUGCUUUACAACAAUCAUAUAUUCAGACAGAAAUUAAGAACUAGAAUUAUAAUGAGGCAAAUUACUACAGUAUUUUCCUCAGUGACAUUUUUCCACGGUGCACUGUUUAGACAGACCAUCUGUAUGUCUGAAACAUGUAUCUUCUCUCAGGUACUGAUCCUGAGGAGACCAUUAUUAACGCCUUCAAGAUCUUCGACCCUGAGGGACAGGGAGUCCUCAAGGGAGAAGAGUAAGGACUUUAUGAACUCUAAUACCAUCAAACAUUAAAACAGUACCUGUAGCUCUUUCCCCUGGGUAUGCAGUACAGUCAGUAAUAAUCAAAUUCCUAAAAUGAUCUAAUUAGUCGCUUUAGGAAUUAUUCAAUAAGGGCUUGAUCCCGACUUAGGAAUUUAUGCCUUUCCUACGCAUUUUUCAGUAUUUGGUAUUCAGACUUACCUUAUUCAGUCGCAUAACGCGCUCUGUAGGUGUGGUUACCUUGCGCGCUCUGAAAAAACGUAUUAAACUGCUGAAAACCCGUCCACUUGCUGGCCAACAGAGUUUUCAUUCAAAAGGGUUUUCAGUACAUUUAUCUUAAGCCAUCCCUUUAAAUACGGUGUACCUUUAAUUAGAAUUUUGGCGACAGACUCAAUAGAAUACAUUGAGAGAACUGGGUUAGAAUAUAGGGAUCAAUAAAAUAAAUCCAUCUAUGCAUAUUUGUCUCAGUUUCCACGGCAACAGGUAGAUUUAAAAAUACUCUGAUCUUGUAGAUUAUUUAGGCACAUUUUUGGGUUAGGAACGUAUGUAUGAAUAUGUUUUUAUUUUUUUUUACUGUUUGGAGAGCCUUUAUGCUCUAAAUAUAUUGAUGAAUAAAAAAUACAGUGGUUUGAUUUAUCCUGAAAGUUGUCAUAUUCAAAUUCAAUCCAUAAAAUAUUGGAAGGUGGAAAAAAAUGUACAAUAGGGGUUGAACAAUAAUCCUAUGAAUCUACCCUAAUUCUCAUUAAUCAUGGAACUGUAUGACAAUGGUCCAGUCAUCAUGAACAGUGCGCCAGGCUCCAGGUUUAACCUGCUACGUGUGGUCUGAGUUCCAUAAUGAUUCAAAUAGGCUACAUGUCCCAAAUUAUUGCACAACGUUAGCCUAAUAUGAUCCACUAAUGCUAGCGACCCUCAGGAAUAACUUACAAGAUGGCCGUGACAGAGGAAAGAAAGGUAAACGUAAUGGAAUGGAAUGAUGCAAAAUUUCAUCCACGCAGAUUAUGAGGGCACACAAUUAAAAUUCGGAAUAACGGCACAGCUAUUUAUAUCCUAUUUCAUUGUGGAAAUGGGCCGCAAUAGCCUACAUGUCAUGUUGAUCUGAUUUUCAGUUUGCUUCCAUAUGGCUGGUUUCACAUUCGUCUCCAGAGAUCAUAAGGAAAAAUCAUCUAAAACAAUUGCUAUAUGUAUUUACAAUCCGCUGUUCCAAACGGAUUACACAUUUACCUAGCUCUUAUCAAAAGCUCUUAUCAAGUUGUAAAUUACAGUGCAUGGAGAAUGGUGUUAUUUAUAUUGGAAAAAAAUAAGUAGACGCUUUUUCCACUUAGAACCGGUAUGUUCGCUAGACCUUAUUCAUGGUUUCCUCUUGUGUAAAGUUGGUGUAAUUAUGAGGGAAUUAAGUCAAGGUCAGAAUACAGAGUAUCUGUAGACACACCUCCGCCACACCUUCAUUUAUUCGAGCUCCACCUCAAACGAAUAGUGUGUGAAUAGCAUGCUUUUCUCAUGCUUAAGUUCAAGGUCAGAAUACGCAUAGAGAGAAAAGCGCAUAGAAAGGUAAUUACGUUCCAUUUACACAUGCUUAACUCGGGUCUGAAUCGGGGCCUACAGAUGUAGGAUCUUAAUUUGAUCACUCUUUUGUUUCUUGAGAAUUUGCACACUUGUAGUGUAUUCUAGGUUUAAAAAGUUUUGUAAUUUCCACUUUAAAAUGUCACUUGAUUUGCCCUAAUGAAAAAUGUAUCAACCCCUACAAAAAAUGUCCAUUAAUUAUAAUCCAGAUAAUAAUUCAAAUGUCCUGUUGCUGCAGGAUUAUUUUCCUGCUGUAGCAAACUGGCUUAAAUUAAGAUCCUACAUCUGUAAGUCAUUAGCUACACUCUUAGAAAAAAGGGUUCCAAAAGGGUUCUUUGGCUGUCCCCAUAGGAGAACCCUUUUUGGUUCCAGGUAGAACCCUUUUUGGUUUCAGGUAGAACCCUUUUGGGUUCCAUGUAAAACCCUUUGUGGAAAGGGUUCUACAUGGAACCCAAAAGGGUUCUUCAAAGGGUUCUCCUAUGGGGACAGCCAAAGCACCUUUUAUUCUAAGAGUGUACUACAGUAAUCUAUUGAACCUCUCUUUUGUGAUUUCUGAUAAUUAUCCAUCAAUGAUAGCUUCAGUAGUUUCAUAGUCAUGGAUUCUUGUAGAACAAUGAGACCUUUUCUUGUUGAAUGUUGCAUAUGUUUUAGGAAAUAAUUAAGGAAGAAAGUGUAACUUCUUGGGGUCAACUCUGAGAAAAGAACUCCCUGUCACGGUUGAUGUGCUGUACCUAACGAGUCAUCGUUUUCCCUUCCAGUAUCAAAUAUUACAUCAUGUCUCAGGCGGACAAGUUCACCGAAGCUGAGGUAAUGUCCUUCUCUCAGGUUUCUGAGGCUCAGUGGGAUUUGGGUUUGGAAUCAGGUCAACCUUUUUUGGUUGACUCAUAUCUCAUUUCCUGUCAGAGUCCCAUCCAUCACACAGGUCAAUUUCAUAGACUACAUCUCUAACCCAUUUAUCACUGACCCUGAGCCCCAUCAGCACCCAGUAACGCUAUGGAACAAAUGCUUCCCGCAGACCACUCCUCACAAAAGAGAUCCUGUGUUUCAUCACAGACCGUGAAUCUGAUCAGAGCCCCAUCCCAAUUCAGCUCAAAGUGCAAAAGGGCUAACUUAAUGUAUUGUUUCAAUCCAUGACCUAGCGUGACCUUUGUGUGCUUUACCCUUCCAGGUUGAAGACAUGUUCACAAACUUCCCCCUGGACGUCGCCGGCAAUCUGGACUACAAGAACCUGUGCUACGUUAUCACCCACGGAGAGGAAAAGGAGGCGGAGUAAAGGAGCCAAUCACAACCUUCAAAUCACCUGACCAAUCACUUCUGACAGCCAACUACACAUCAUCACCCUGUACACAUGACCCGUGUCCUUUUCCACAUCUCACCAUUCUGACAUUCAAAACGUAAUAAAAAGGACUAUGGUGUGUGAACAAGGCAUUGUCAUUUGAACUCCAAGA